GUCGUCUCGCUUAGGGAAUCCGCUCUGUUUCGUCACUUCUAAUUUGACCAACCAGUAGCUUCAUGGGCGUGGCAUGUGUGAAAUUUCCCGCGAAAAAAACACACUAGUGCGGAAGGAGAUUCUUGUAAAUUAUUUCCGCGAUGGAGAAAGAGAUGUUUAAUAAACUUGCGUGCAAAAUGGGUAUAACUUCAGCGAAAAUAUUACGCCAAGCCGAAGAAUAUUUACGGUUGUCCCAGAUCAGAUGCACGGGCCUUGGAAACACUGUGACAAGCAGGGCUGUGAUAUGCUUGGAGCUCGCUGCUACGACCAUGCGGCAUCCUCUGGACAAAGAGUAUGUCAUUAAAUUGUCAGGCCUGAACAAGAAUGUCUAUCGGAGCAGUUUAAAGUCCAUGGAGUGCAUUCUGGGCCUGGAAUCUCAUUUGGGACUCGGAGACCUGGCUGUCCAGUAUGGGUGUAUGCAGGCUGCUGGACCUGCAGCCGAGAUACUGCAGAGGUACAAAGCCAGUCUACCUGAGACCCAGCAGGCCAGCCUGGAUUUAUCCAAGCCGCUCUUCACCACGGCGGCUCUGCUCACAGCAUGCAGGUGUAUGAAGAUCAAAGUGGACAGGAAGUUGGCAGCCUCUUCUGGGGCUAAGAAGGGAAUGCUAGACAGGCUCUGUGUCCAGUUCCAGAAAUUUGCCCAGGAAAUCUGCAGUGAGAUGAGAACAGGAACAGCAGCUGCGAAAGACCAGCCCAAAACGGCAAAGAAAAGACAGAAGACGCUGCAGGAGGUCAUUGAACAGAGGGAAGAAGUGCUAGAGGAAGAGCUGCUAAAAUCUCCCAAACAGCACAAGGCUGACUCAGAAGAGCCCCUGAAGCAGAAUUACGAAGAAUGGAAGAAGAGCGUCUUGGAAAACGCCUUGAAGGCCACGGGGGUGGAUUCAAACUCGAAAGUCGGCUAGUGGCAGCCUUAAGUCUACUUGGUGUUUAUUAUGGAGCCGCGCGGUUUGACCUUUUUCAAGUUCCCCAGAAUUCCUCGUUCGUAUUUGGCUGUAAUAGCACCACCCAUGUACUGAUGUACCGACAGAGAGCACGCGGGGUACUGAAUGGAACAACGUCGUUCAAAGGCUCGAUGCGUUGGCGUCACUCGCCCGGAACUUCGGAAAGACGUCGCAGACUUUGUUUUUGCGGCUCGUGUAAAACGACUCAAUUUUAACCAUCAUAAAGCGUUUUAUCUCUUUGUGUGCUCGCUUUUACUUAAGCUUUUUAAUUACAUUUUUUUAUAAUUUGAGUGCGGUCUGUUCUCAGAUCUUCUGAGCAUUUGAAUAAAAUAUGUUGUAUGAGUA